UGGCGCUCAUGACCACGCUGAUAAUGCAGCGUGAAGCCGCAGUCCUGCCAUCACUCAAGAUGGCUGCCCCCAUCAAGAUGACCGGGGUGUGCCGGGGGAAAAGGGGCAGCAUGAUAAUCUGAGACGGUCUAGCAUCGGACCAUGUGGAAGUUUCUGGGACGGGGGAGUCGGAUGAUGGGGGGUGGGACCCGUGGGGGGGAGAGGGAGCAAUAGCGUCCUUUCUCAGGCUAACCCCGGCCCCUCCCCUGUUCUCUGGACUGAAAUGGGGAACACACUGGGCCUGGCACCGAUGGGGGCUUUGCCCCGCCGGAGUCCCCGUCGAGAGGAACCUCUGCCCAACCCUGGGAGCUUCGAUGAGCUGCACCGGCUAUGCAAAGAUGUGUUCCCAGCACAGAUGGAGGGAGUGAAGCUCGUUGUCAACAAGGUUCUGAGCAGCCAUUUCCAGGUGGCUCACACUGUGCAUAUGAGUGCCCUGGGCUUGCCAGGCUAUCACCUCCAUGCGGCCUAUGCAGGGGACUGGCAACUUAGCCCCACCGAGGUGUUCCCCACUGUGGUAGGGGAUAUGGACAGCAGUGGCAGCCUCAACGCCCAGGUCCUGCUCCUCUUGGCAGAGCGGCUCCGAGCCAAGGCUGUCUUCCAGACGCAACAGGCCAAGUUCCUGACGUGGCAGUUUGAUGGCGAGUACCGAGGAGAUGACUGUACAGCCACUCUGACCCUGGGGAAUCCCGACCUGAUUGGGGAAUCGGUGAUCAUGGUGGCUCACUUCCUGCAGAGCCUCACCCAUCGGCUGGUGCUGGGAGGAGAGCUAGUUUAUCACCGGCGGCCAGGCGAAGAGGGCGCCAUCUUGACACUGGCUGGGAAGUACUCGGCGGUACACUGGGUAGCGACACUGAAUGUGGGAUCAGGUGGGGCCCACGCAAGUUAUUACCACAGGGCAAACGAACAGGUCCAGGUUGGAGUGGAAUUUGAGGCCAACACAAGGCUACAAGACACAACCUUCUCCUUUGGUUACCACCUGACUCUGCCCCAGGCCAACAUGGUGUUUAGAGGCUUGGUGGACAGUAACUGGUGUGUGGGUGCUGUGCUGGAGAAGAAGAUGCCGCCCUUACCUGUCACCCUAGCCCUUGGAGCCUUCCUCAAUCACUGGCGCAACAGAUUCCACUGUGGCUUCAGCAUCACUGUGGGCUGAGGGGGUCCCAGAGCCAGCCCCCACAGACGCUGGAACCUCCAAGUCAGGUGCCCUAGGGCCAGAGACUAGGCCCCCUCUCCAGAGCCCACCUUGCCGGGUGACCUGUGGGUCCCAAGAGCAGAGUCGGGGACAGGACCGUGCCCUCCUCCGAACUGGAGCUCCCACAGGGGCAGCUGCUGCGGCAGUGGUGUGAGGCCCCCACCUCUGCCACCGGCCCCAGGCUCCUCUUCCCAUGCUCUUGUGGCUCUGGACUAAGGGAGGAGGAUUAAGGGGUGUGUCUGGCCAACUUUUCUCCCCUCACUUCCCCCCCUCUCCGUUUCCCUAUCGAUUAAAGCUCCUAGCUUCUUCCUCUUCAAAGCAGAACAGUCUGCAUGGGAUUAGCUCCCUGUCCUGUUUUCCGUCCCAGAGUCUCCCAGGGCUGGGAAGAGGAGGGCUGAAGGGCUAAACCUUUGACCUCAGAAAGUGCCCCCCGCCUCCAUUCCCAGAAGGAGCUUCUUUACCUCUUAGCCUUGAGGCUUCCUCCUUCCCCAUCUUCCAUGCUUCCAGAGAACAGCUCUGUCCCCGUGAUCAUCCCCCACCAACCCCAAGACUGCAUGAAGAGGCAGUUAUUGCUUUAGUCUUUCAUUGCAACCACUGGGCUCCCUUU